AAGAAGAUUUAUUGGAUUAAAUUAAUUACUCAUCAUCUGGCUUGGCUGUGAGAGAGAGGAGCAGAGUUUGAAUGAAACCUGCCAGCGUGAUGGAUCUUAAGGUGGAGCCGGCGCCUGCAGACGAGCCUCCGCCGCUCCAGGUGUUCGCUCAUAUGUCUACGCUGCAUGGCAUUGCCCACAUUUUCACCUACAACAGGAUCACGUUGAGGUGCUGCCUGUGGCUGCUGUUUUUCUUGAGCUCCGUAGCCUUCCUGGUGUGUGUGUGUGUAGACCGGGUGCUCUUCUACCUGGAGUAUCCGCACGUAACCAAGGUGGACGAGGUCGUGGCGCCUGCCAUGGUCUUCCCCGCUGUGACACUCUGCAACCUGAACGCCUUCCGCUUUGGCAGGGUCACGCGCAAUGACCUGUACCAUGCUGGGGAGCUGCUUGCCCUGCUCAACUCAAGGUAUGAGAUCCGUGACGUUCAUCUGAUCGAGGAGAGCGUCCUCGAGUCUCUGAAGACCAAAGCCGACUUCCAGAACUUCAAGCCCCGCCCCUUCAACAUGAUGGAGUUCUACAACCGUACGGGACACGACAUCCGAGACAUGCUCCUCUCCUGCCAGUUCAGAGGCUCGCCGUGCCGACCCGAAGACUUCAAAGUGGCGUUCACGCGCUAUGGGAAGUGCUACACGUUUAACUCUGGUGAGACUGGGCCGCUGCUGAUCAGUAUGAAGGGGGGUAUGGGGAGCGGACUGGAGAUCAUGCUGGACAUCCAGCAGGACGAAUACUUGCCAGUUUGGGGAGAAACAGAUGAGACCUCGUUUGAAGCGGGGAUUAAAGUUCAGGUACACAGUCAGGAUGAGCCACCAUUCAUCGAUCAGCUGGGGUUUGGAGUUGCUCCGGGGUUUCAGACCUUUGUCUCCUGUCAAGAGCAGCGGCUGGUCUAUCUGCCCCCUCCCUGGGGGAACUGCAAGACAGGAACACUGGACUCCGACUUCUUCACUGCCUACAGCAUCAGCGCAUGCCGCAUCGACUGCGAGACACGAUACCUUGUUGAGAAUUGCAACUGUCGAAUGGUUCACAUGCCUGGUGAUGCACCGUACUGCACCCCGGAGCUGUAUAAGGAAUGUGCACAUCCAGCCCUUGAUUUCCUGGUGGAGCGGGAUAAUGACUACUGCCUGUGUGAGACUCCGUGUAACACCACCCGCUACAGCAAAGAGCUCUCCUUCGUCAAGAUCCCCAGCAAAGCCUCUGCCAAGUACCUCGCCAAGAAGUUCAGCAAGUCCGAGAAGUACAUCGCAGACAACGUUUUGGUGCUGGACGUCUUUUUUGAAGCUCUGAACUACGAGACCAUUGAGCAGAGGAAAGCUUAUGAAGUGGCAGGUCUUCUGGGUGAUAUCGGGGGACAGAUGGGACUCUUCAUUGGAGCAAGCAUCCUCACCAUUCUUGAGCUUUUUGACUAUCUGUAUGAGGUGGCCAAGUACAAGCUGUGUCGCUGUUCCGAAAAGAAGAAUCAGAGCAGCAGCGCGGAUCACGGCACCGUUCUGGGCCUCGACGACGUCAAAUGUCACGUCAGCAACUUCCACUGAAGACGUCCAGCCUGAACUAGCUCCCCUGCAGCUUUCCUGGAACGACACUAGUGCUGCUGAUGCGGUCAUCAACAGACUGACCUGUUUAUUUACCAACAUCAUGCAUUCUAGAGUUGUACAGAUUCCUGUCCCAGAACCCGUUAAUCUUUUACCAUGCGAGAUUUUCUAUUCACAGACAUGUGGAAAUGUUUUUGGUCGCUCUGAAUUUCAGUGUGAUAUGGUUUCGGCAGGCGUCCGUGAAUCUCGUAAAUGUGCAGCGAAUUGACAAAUCUGCGGCUGGCAUGCUGAGCUAUGCAAUGGAACAGAGAGAGAGAGAAAAAUUGGGAGAGUUUGUUUUAAUCUUUUUUUGUUUACUGGUUGUGUUUUGUGUUGAGAUGAUUGUAUAGUGGAUGAAAGAUUCCGGAAAUCUUGCACGGUACCAGCAUAAGCUAGCAACACAAUCAUUACAGUCUGAGGGCUCUUUGACCCCGUUUACGCCUAGCCACUUCAUGUGAUUUGAGUAUCAGAAUCAAAUAGGGAUAUGGACCAAACCACAUAAAAACAACUGUAUACUAUGGUGUCUAUGGAUCCUUAAAAUGUGUCAAAAAGGCAUAAAUUACUUUUAACUCUUAAAAUCUAACAAAAGGGCUUAAGUUCUUGGCAUUUCGCAAUUUCCACAUUUUAUUUGCAAGUUAGCUUCCUAAUUUAAUGACAAACUGAAAAUGGAAUCAACAAUACUAUUAAUAAUUCUGAGUAGUGCUAUUGUCAGGUUUGUGAGUCAGGUUUGUGGUACUAAAGUUCUUUAAUUUAACAAAAACUGGUUGGAUAGCCCUUAUUGUAAACAUUCUGUAAACUUACUACUGACGCUAUGUGCUUUUUGCAAUUUUGCUAUUGCAAAUAUCUUACCAUAUUUUUUGUACUAUGAGGCACACUUAAAAAUUCUUUAAUUUUUCCAAAAAUUGACAAUGCGUCUUAUGCGGUGCUCCUUAUGUAUGAAUUCCACCAGUCAGGUAUUAAGGAGCAGUAAAGCAACUCUGCUGAAGUACAGUGUGAUGAAGAUUAGUUUUCAGUGAACUUUCUCCAGCAUUAAGGCUGGGGGCAGCAGAAUUAGCAUUUACAUCUCACUAGCACUUUCGUUAGCAGCUACUGCUAAUGCUGCUGCACCCAGCCUUAGUGCUGGAAUAACUGAAAAUUUAGCCGUAGCAAAAUAUUGGAAAUCUAACCUUACUGUAAAUAAACAGAAGCACUUUACUCACCAAAAUAAACAGUUUUCAGAAGAGAAAUCUGUGUAGAUUAACAUCCAGUGCUCGUUUAAAUUAAAAAUAUAUAUGUUUUUAAGAAUUGCAGUUUUGUAUACUUAUUCCCUUCCCCCAGCUUCCCUAUUAUAAGGGAAACAUGGCGACACCCUUAAUCACUUCAAUGUAGGGCAUCCUUACUAGUGUUGCUUAUUGCGCCUUAUAAUCCAGUGGGCUUUAUUAUCCAAAAAAUGUGGUAAUAUUUUUUAAGGUAUAUUAAAAUUAAAUCUACAUUUAAUUUAUGCUUACCCGCAGAUACCUUGAUAAAUGCUCCCAAGGCGCAUUUAAAACAGAAGCGAUGUGAUCACUCAAAUCACUUCAGGAGGUGACUACCAAGUGUAAAUGCAUGUGGUUAAAACCUUAUCAGCUUCCAAUCCAGAUACUACUCACAUGAAGUGACCAUGGAUAAACUGAGCUUCAGCCUAGUUGACUGAUUUAAGCCCUGAAGUGUUACAAAUGUGAUAAAUCAUUGUGCCAAAACUAUUAACAUUGAAGUGGCCAUUUAUAAUAAUAACAAAUUAUAAUGCAUCAGUUCUGAACACUCUCAAGUCAACAGUGUUUUUAAUCAUUUUUCAGUCUAAACACUUAUAGUCAUAAUUUAAGCCUGUGGAACUGCAACAUUGUUUUUCAGUGCCAUCAUUUAAAACUGAAUUUUGGAAUUUCAAAACACUCAAUAUUCUGACACUAAAUUGGAAAAAUACUAAUUUUUGAUUAAUUAUCUUUGUGAUAUCACAAAAAACAACACAUUUCAAUUUUUAAACCUAUGUCACUCAUUCACACUGAAAAUUGAACAGCUGAUUAGUGCUUUAGCCAUAUUGCUUUUAAAACAAGGUACAAUAGGGCAGAAUAGCCAAUCAGAAAAUAUUUCAUUUACAUAUAUAACACUUAUAGACUUACUAAGUAAGUUAAGCUGUAAAUAUGUAGAAUUGGUUGAGUUUUUGGUCAUCUUAAAGCAACCAUAUGAUGAAAAGGUUAUUAUAAUCAUUUUUUAAUAAAAAUAAUUAUCUGUUAACAUUAUUAAAAUUUUAAAGCACUAACACUAAAUGGCAAAAAAAAAGCCCAUUUUGAAUAAAUUGUCUUUGUUAUGUUACAAUUAAUCAGUCUUAAAUGAGAGAAUGUUUUCUAUUUCUUUAUUUAUAUUUGUUUAUUUAUAAUAAAAUAAUUACGGACAUCCAAUACAUUAACAUCCAAAAAUAUGUAUAUGGACACUUUGGGAAUUGUACUGUUAGAGUACAGGGUAGAGUGUUCUUUAGUUCAUUCCCAGAAUUCUGCCACACACUGCCCUUAGACUUGUAUUAUAAAUGAGUUUAAAGUGUAAUUUGGGUUUUGUUGUUUUUGGAUCAGAACCGUAUGUCGGGUUUAAUGACGGCGGCCAUAAAUCUGACUUUAUAAAGCAGUGACCGGACUGCACAAACCCAGCAAGACAAAUCACACGCACACACACACACACACACACACACACACUGAAUGCUCCGCAGUGGGCCGCUUUAUGAUGUCAUCGGUCCGCACCUGUUCUGAGUGGGACAGUGAGCUGGAGGUUAGCCCAGUGGCUACCUACCUGGCUUUGCAUGAGAGCGCUUGCCUUAUGUAUGUACUGAUGUAUGUGUACGUAGAUGUCUGAUGGCAUGUUCGUCGUAAGAGUGGUAAAGCAUAUAUGUGUGCGCAUAUGAGUGUGCGUGUGUGAAUGCAUGUGUGUAUGCGUUUAUAUAUGUACACUACCGGCCAAAAGUUUUAGAACACGCACACAUAUACUUUUUGCAUAUGUUCUCUAACCGCUGAACCAUUCCUACCCCUCAUCAUUUUAGCCAAAGACUUUUAACCAGCUAGAGGUUGUUAACCAAUGACUUGUUACAUUAUAUUAAUACACAGUCCAGUCAGAAUAUUAUGACCACCUCCUUGUACAUUUUUUCAGUUACACUGAUAAUAUAAGCCUUUUUUUAGUUCUAUUAAUACAGAUUGUAGUCCUGUAUCUUGUUUCUUUCCAUACUUUAUUAUUAUCCUAAUUUCUCCUUGUUCUUCAAUAGGAUAGACCACCACAGAGCAGCUGUUAUCAUUUGGGUGGUGGGGUCUUUCUCAACAAUACAUUAAAUGCAUUGCAUUUAGUGGAUACUUUUAUUCAAAGCGUCUUACAAAUAAUGAGUUAAAUAAACAAAGCAAUAGAUGACAUAAAAAAAAUAAGUUUAAAUAAAAUAUUUAGCAAGGAUUCAAAGAGGUCUGAAGUGUAAAUUUUGGAUAGGGGAAAAAGAAUGAGGAUGGCACAUAUAUGCACUUAAAAUCCUUUAAUUUUCCCAAAAAUGAUCAGUGCUCCUUAUAGUCUGGUGCGCCUUGUGUAUAAAUUCUACCAGUCAGGUAUUAAGGAGCAGUAAAGCCACUCCACUAAAGUACAGAGUUAUACAGGAGUUUUAGUUUAGUUCUCCAGCACUGAGGCUGGAGCAGUAUUAGCAUAGACUGCUAAAUUAGCUCUUUCGCAGUUCAGUGGUGAGUAUUAUUGGACAGCAGCCUGCUGCUAACCCUGGCUAGCACUGCUGAAGCAGCAUUAGCUUAGCUGCUAACUGCAGCGCUAGCUCUUUUGCCGUUCAGAGGUGAGUAUUAUCGGCGUGUAGCCUGCAUGUUUACUUUGUUAAAACAAGCUAUGUGGGACGAGACUGCUAGAUAAUAUCGCCCUGUCUUACCGGAACACUCUUAGUAGGUCUCUUAGUUAAAUUCUGUUGGGGAGUUAGCAGCUUAUGCUAAUGCUGCUAUAGCCAUCCUUAGUGAAAACCUCUGUAAAUAAGCUUACUGUAAAUAAAUUGGAAGUGCUUUACUCAACCAAAUAAAUGUUUUUCAGUAGAGAAAUCUGUGUAGAUUAAUAUCUAACGCUCAUUUGACUUUGAAAGAAAAGUGUGGCUUUUUUUUUAAGAAUUACAGUUUUGUUUUCUGAGGCGCUGAAUUAGAAGAAAAACAUGGCGACACCCCUGUUCCUUACUAGUGUCGCAUAAUGCACCUUAUGUAUGAAAAUAGACCAGAAACUAUAUGUUCCUUGAUAGUUGAUUGAUAAUCUGGAUAUUCUAAGUGUGGGGAAAAAAACUAAUUGUUUCUACAAAUUAUUCUAAUUGAAAUGUGUCUUUGUUUAAUUAUUUUUCAGUUUUUAGCUAUUCCUCAUUUCUUAUAUUUGUAUAAUUUUAGGUUACUGAAUUUGAACCUGGACCAUUUCAGGUUAUUAACUGGACUUUUAAAUGUCAAAAAUGGAGAGUGUCCUAAACCUUUGGCCGGUAGUCAGCGUUUGUGUGCAUGGCUGUAUGCGUCCAUGCAUGUGUGUAUAUACUCGUGGUGUGUGUUACAGUGGUGUCCCGUGCACUGCAGGGCAGAUGAGUAUUUUUAAACGAUGAAGAGAGAUUGGAUUGUUUUCAUAGCUUAACGCCGAGCCACACCAAAACAAAACAAACCUACAGAAUGUGCCAAAAGUCUGCGGACAGGCCCAUCUCUAUGUUUCUUAUAUUAUUUAAUGUGUGUUUGCAUCCGUCUACCUCUUAGUUGGUGGUGAUUAUGAGUUUAGGUACAGUUUGUGCAGUUUAACAUGGACUAUUAUUGCUCAGCUGGAUGGUGGAGUAUUGAUAUACUGUAGCUAGGCCUGUCUCAAUAACUGUGGGGCUUUUUUGUUUGUUUGUUUUUUAGAUAAUAUAUUGUCCUUAAAAUAAUUUAGAUAAAUUGUGAUAUUAUUGUUAUUUUAAGACAUUUUUAUGCCAUUGAUAUAAUGAUAAAAUAAAUGCAUAAUUGUAGUGCAAUAUUAUGUCAUUUUAAAGAGCAAUGAUAUUUAAGAUUAAUCUUAAUUAUUAACACUAUUGCAAACAUAUGCCAAAAUAUAAAUAUAAAAAAAUUCAAAAUGUCCUAAAUAUAUAAAACAGUUCUGACUGAUUUAGCACACCAAGGCACUGUCACUGUGAUUCAAGGAUCAUCAGCUAAAUCCCAGAUCUUUCUGUUUUCCAUCAGCAGCCAGAGUCCGAGAGAGCACAAUUCUCUUUUUUGCCAUUCUCUCUCUGGUUGGGUAGAUGGAGCUCAAUCCCCACAUCACUGUUUGUGUGAUGUUCCUCAGCACAGAUAUUGUAUUGGGUGUCGAUUGACGCUGAAUUUUCAGCAGUUGGAAAGGGGGUGGAGUCUAAUUUUACAUGUAUCAGAGGAGGCAUGCUCUUGUCCUGACCCUCAUACAGAGCACUUAUUGGUUAUUUGGCCUUGAAAACUGGGGAGAAAAUGAGCUAAAAUUAGAAAUAAAGAUCAGCAAAAUCUGUUGAGACUAUAUCCAUAUAUUGUAUAUUGUAUAAGUUGAUAAUGUAAUUAUCGUGACAGGCCUAGCCUUGCCUAUGUUCAAUUUGUUUUACAGUUUAAGUGCUCAGAUCACUUCAGAACUAGAGAAAUGUACAGUACUAAGUUAUUAUUAUUAUGAUUAUUGUUAUUACAGUUGGUAUCUGUAUUGAUUUGAUGCUUAUCAUGUGGCUGUAUUGUUUGUGAUUUUUCUAAUGAAUAAAUGUAAGGAAUAGA